CAUGCGUUAUUUGUAAACAAUACAACUGAACAUGUCAACUUUGGAAGACAAAAUUCUGGGAGAAAAGUUGCACUACUAUUGCAGUAGUUCUAGUGAGGAUGAAGGAAACGAUUCAACAGAUUCUGAUAAAGAGUUAGACAAUGAAAAGUAUCAGAGAUCAGUCACAGAGUCCAUAGAGCCAUCAUUUUCAGAAUGGGAUGGAACUUCUAGUAAUACUGGACCAAAGGGUGUUCUAAAAGAUUGGCAACGAUAUAAACAAUUGGAAGCUGCGAAAAGAGAUGAACAAGAAAGAGAAAGACUUUUGCUGAUUAAAAAACUGAGUCUAACAUGUCGCAGUUCCCUAGAUGAAGAAAAGGAAAAAAUUUUAGAAACUGACCCUGAUCUUGCUGAAUUAUUAGCCGAUGAAUUUCUUUUGGAAUACCAGAGACAGAGAAUGAAGGAAAUGCUUACAAAGGCAGAGAAACUUCGUUUUGGUAGACUUAUUAACUUAGAAACAGCAGAUCAGUUUCUAGAAGCAAUUGACAAUGAAGAUAAAUCUGUGACAGUUGUUGUGCAUAUUUAUGAAAACAAUGUCCCUGGCUGUGAAGCCAUGAAUGGAUGUUUAAUAUCUGUUGCAGAAGACUAUCCCUUUGUAAAGUUUUGUAAAAUUUUAGGUUCUGUGGCUGGUCUUAGUAAACACUUUAAAAGAGAUGGCGUACCUGCUUUAUUAGUUUACAAGUCAGGACAAGUAAUAGGAAAUUUUGUUCAUGUAACAGACUAUUUAGGAGUAGACUUUUAUGCAUCAGAUGUUGAAAACUUUCUAAUAGAACAUGGUAUGCUGACUGACAAAAAUUGUGUACCUGCCAUUAUUUCGCAAAACGAGGAUACAUUAUCGGACAGUGAAUAAAUAGAAUGGAUAAAUA